AUCGACUGACGCAAAUGCUUGUAAUGCUUGUUCGUUCAUGGCAACUUGGCAAAGAUAAAGCUCUCUAUUCCCUUCCUACUCUCCUACUGUAAGAUUCUGUGCAGAAUCUUAAUGAUUAUUCGCUUUGCUUGAAAAGGCUCAAAAGUGCUCCACUUAUCAUUUUUUUGUGUACAUAUUUCGAUUCAAGAACCAAGUAUCUCUUUCACCAUGGCCUCCUCAGCCCAGGAUCCUGGUAAGAUCAGCACUGAGUCUGGCGAGACUCACGUCGAGAAUGGCACGGCCCAGCGAAAGUCUGAUGCCGGCCUCGAGAAGCUGGACCCGGACAGGCUUCGAGCAAAUAUAAACGCGAAGAUAGCUAAUCCACUUGCUGGCUUCUCUAAUGCUGAACUGGAGGCCAAAGGAGAGGAGUAUGUCAGGACAAACGAGAUGGGAGACGAGGAAGAUAUCCGGGCCUUCAGACUCGGAGCAAUCCUGGCUAAAGAUCCCAACCGCCAUGCAGAGGUUCCAGGGCUCACUGACGAGGAGAGAACAAUUCUGGAGGCCGAGAUUACUCGCAAGUGGAACCAACCAACCAAAUUGUUCCUGGUGAUUGUUCUCUGUAGCAUAUGCGCUGCUGUGCAAGGAAUGGACGAGACCGUGGUUAAUGGCGCUCAAAUUUUUUAUAGCAAGCGGUUUGGUAUUGGCGACAAGACAAGCUCAAGGCAGACAUGGCUCAUCGGUCUGACAAAUUCCGCGCCGUAUCUGUGCUGCGCAGUCAUCGGGUGCUGGAUGACUAUUCCCUUGAAUAAUUUCUUCGGCCGUCGUGGUACUGUUUUUAUUACCUGUGUAAUCAGUGCUAUUGCUUGUCUUUGGCAAGCCUUUACCAACACAUGGUGGCAUAUGUUCAUCGCCAGAUUUGCUCUCGGCUUCGGAAUUGGACCGAAGAGUGCGACGGUUCCAAUGUAUGCUGCAGAGUGUUCUCCACCACAAAUUCGGGGUGCUCUGGUGAUGCAAUGGCAAAUGUGGACCGCUUUCGGAAUCAUGGUUGGUUAUGCUGCCGAUUUGGCCUUUUAUAAGGUCCAGGAUGUUCCGGGAAUCACCGGUCUAAACUGGAGAUUGAUGAUGGGCUCAGCGUGCUUUCCAGCAAUCAUCGUCGUUUGCUUCGUCUUCAUGUGUCCCGAAUCACCCCGCUGGUAUAUGAGUAAAGCACGCCACGCGAAAGCUUACAAGUCCAUGUGUAAGCUCCGGUACAACAAAGUCCAAGCCGCCCGAGACAUCUUUUACAUGCACACUCUCCUCGAGGCUGAGAAAGAGAGCAUGAAGCUGGGGCAAAGCAAAGUGAAAGAGAUGUUCACCGUUCCACGUAAUCGAAGAGCUAUGCAAGCUUCUGAAAUCGUCAUGUUUAUGCAACAGUUCUGUGGCGUGAAUGUUAUCGCUUACUACUCGUCUCAAAUAUUCCUCGAUGCGGAUCUCUCUGAAAUGAGUGCUCUUGGAGCCUCUAUGGGCUGGGGUGUUAUCAAUUUCCUUUUCGCUAUACCCGCUGUCUAUACCAUUGAUACCUUUGGACGAAGAAAUCUACUGCUCACGACUUUCCCGUUGAUGAGUCUCUGCUUGUUCUUCGCUGGGUUUAGUUUUUGGAUUCCAGCAGAUUCAACUGCCAGGGUUGCGUGUGUCGCUCUUGGACUGUACCUUUUUGGAAUGGUCUACUCUCCUGGAGAAGGCCCUGUUCCAUUUACGUACUCUGCUGAAGCAUAUCCUCUCUAUAUCCGAGCUCAAGGAAUGUCCCUCGCCACAGCCACGACAUGGUUCUUCAACUUCAUUCUGGCAGUCACGUGGCCAUCGUUGUUGAAGGCUUUCAAGCCCCAGGGAGCUUUCGCUUGGUACGCUGUCUGGAACUUAAUUGGUUUUACUGGAGUUUUGUUUUUCGUUCCUGAGACUAAAGGCAAAACUCUCGAAGAAUUGGAUCAAGUCUUCUCGGUUAGGUCUCGCGACCAUGCUGCGUACGGAGGCAGGCAGUUCAUUUACUUCUUCAGAAAGUAUCUAUUCAGACAGAACGUCGAGAAAGAAAAUCUCUAUGAGCCCGAAUCUGUCGAGCACCAUCCUACUAGCUUCAACGAAGAGAAGCAAUCCGAUCCUACCAAGAGAGUUUGAUUGAAAUGUUCGAAAAGAUGGUUGUUUGAUGGUCAAGCAGGCUUGCGCUACCGAUAUUUUAUUUGGAUUCGUUACUUUUCGAUACUGCAACAGUUUUUGUAUUAUUAGGAAUGACUGCUUUGGUAUUUUGUUAGUGGGAAAUUAUAAUAAUGUCAAUGACUUCCAUGUUUCUGUUGCGCUAUCCGUAUUUGUUAG